CAUCGAACAUUUGGGCUCCAUUCUUCCCUCCUCUUCUUCACUGCCUAGGGUUUUAGCAAACCCAUUACCAUGUAUCUCUACAAUCUCACUCUUCAGCAAGCCACCGGCAUCGUUUGUGCCAUCAACGGUAGCUUCUCCGGCGGUAACAAGUCUCAAGAAAUAGUCGUCGCCCGUGGAAAAGUCCUCGAACUCCUGCGUCCAGACGAAAACGGUAAGAUCCAGACCAUACUUUCCGUUGAUGUUUUCGGUGCUAUUAGAUCUCUAGCUCAGUUUAGGUUAACCGGUGCCCAAAAAGACUACAUCGUUGUGGGUUCUGACUCUGGUCGUAUCGUGAUUCUUGAAUAUAACAAGGAGAAAAAUGUGUUUGAUAAAAUUCACCAGGAAACUUUCGGGAAAUCAGGAAGUCGUAGAAUUGUUCCAGGACAGUAUUUAGCUAUUGACCCAAAAGGUCGUGCUGUUAUGAUUGGUGCUUGUGAAAAACAGAAGCUUGUUUAUGUUCUUAAUAGGGAUACUGCUGCUAGGUUGACAAUUUCGUCGCCGUUGGAGGCUCAUAAGUCGCACACUAUUACCUACUCAAUUGCUGGGGUUGAUUGUGGGUUCGAUAAUCCAAUAUUUGCUGCGAUAGAGUUGGAUUAUUCAGAGGCUGACCAGGAUUCUACCGGUCAAGCAGCAAACGAGGCUCAAAAGCAUCUUACCUUUUAUGAACUAGAUUUAGGGCUUAAUCACGUUUCAAGGAAAUGGUCUGAGCAGGUUGAUAAUGGUGCUAACAUGCUGGUAACUGUUCCGGGUGGUGGGGAUGGUCCAAGUGGUGUCCUUGUUUGUGCCGAGAAUUUUGUUAUCUAUAAGAAUCAAGGUCAUCCGGAUGUUCGUGCAGUGAUUCCUAGAAGGGCGGAUUUGCCUGCUGAGCGUGGGGUUCUUAUAGUUUCGGCCACUAUGCACAAGCAGAAGUCCAUGUUUUUCUUUCUUUUGCAAACUGAAUACGGGGAUGUCUUUAAGGUGACACUUGAUCAUGAUAAUGAGCGGGUUACAGAGUUGAAAAUCAAGUAUUUUGAUACUAUACCCGUGUCAUCUUCGAUGUGCGUCAUGAAGUUAGGGUUUCUGUUUGCUGCAUCGGAGUUUGGUAAUCAUGCUUUGUACCAAUUCCAGGCUAUAGGAGCUGAUCCUGAUGUGGAGUCAUCAUCGGCUACGUUGAUGGAAACUGAUGAAGGAUUCCAGCCAGUAUUUUUCAAGCCUAGAGGGUUGAAAAAUCUUGUUAGAAUUGAUCAAGUGGAGAGCUUGAUGCCUAUCAUGGACAUGAAAGUUGUAAAUCUUUUUGAGGAAGAGACUCCUCAGAUUUUUACACUUUGUGGUCGAGGGCCUCGUUCCUCUCUUAGGAUAUUGAGACCGGGACUGGCUAUUAGUGAAAUGGCUGUUUCACAGCUUCCUGGUGUUCCCAGUGCCGUAUGGACUGUGAAAAAGAAUGUUAAUGAUGAAUUUGAUGCUUACAUUGUUGUUUCAUUUGCAAAUGCAACUCUUGUGCUUUCUAUCGGAGAGACUGUUGAAGAAGUUAGUGACAGUGGGUUCCUUGAUACCACACCUUCGCUUGCUGUUUCGUUAAUAGGUGAUGAUUCUCUCAUGCAAGUUCAUCCUAGUGGUAUUAGGCAUAUAAGGGAGGAUGGGCGUAUUAAUGAGUGGAGAACUCCUGGAAAAAGAACGAUUGUUAAGGUUGGAUCGAACAGACUUCAAGUGGUUAUUGCUUUGAGUGGAGGGGAGAUCAUAUACUUUGAGGUAGAUAUGACCGGACAGUUGAUGGAAGUUGAGAAGAACGAAAUGUCUGGUGAUGUUGCUUGUUUGGAUAUAGCUCCUGUCCCUGAAGGAAGGCAGAGAUCUCGUUUUCUUGCAGUUGGAUCAUAUGACAACACUAUCAGAAUAUUGUCCUUGGAUCCUGAUGACUGUAUGCAGGUUCUUAGCCUGACAAGUGUUUCCUCGCCUCCUGAAUCGCUUCUUUUUCUUGAGGUUCAGGCUUCUGUAGGUGGGGAGGAUGGUGCAGAUCACCCCGCUAGCCUCUUUCUGAAUGCUGGUCUUCAAAGUGGGGUUCUCUUUAGGACAGUUGUGGACAUGGUCACUGGCCAGCUUUCGGAUGCACGUUCCAGGUUCUUAGGACUGAGAGCUCCUAAACUCUUCUCAGUGUUAGUGAGAGGACGAAGAGCCAUGCUUUGCUUGUCAAGUAGACCAUGGCUUGGUUACGUCCACCAAGGACAUUUUCUGUUGACACCUCUUUCAUAUGAAACUCUUGAAUACGCUGCCUCAUUUUCAUCUGACCAAUGUGCUGAAGGUGUGGUUGCUGUUGCUGGGGAUGCUUUAAGAGUCUUCACAAUUGAAAGAUUAGGGGAAACAUUCAAUGAAACUGCUAUACCUUUGAGGUACACACCAAGAAAAUUUGUGUUUCAUCCUAAAAAGAAGCUUUUGGUAACAAUCGAGAGUGAUCAGGGUGCGUUUCCAGCAGAACUGCGAGAAAGUGCAAAGAAGGAGUGCUUUGAGGCUGCUGGACAGGGAGAAAAUGGGAAAAUGGAGAUAGAGAAUGGCGGUGAUGAUGAAGAUAAGGAUGAUCCUCUUUCUGAUGAGCAGUAUGGCUACCCUAAAGCAGAGGCGGACAAGUGGGUUUCUUGCAUCAGAGUUCUUGAUCCGAAGUCAACAGAGACAACUUGUCUGCUGGAGCUUCAGGAUAACGAGGCUGCUUUCAGCAUAUGCACAGUAAACUUCCAUGACAAGGAGUAUGGAACUCUUUUAGCCGUGGGUACAGCAAAAGGACUCCAGUUCUGGCCCAAAAGAUCUCUGACGGCUGGAUAUAUUCAUAUUUAUCGGUUUGUAAAAGAUGGAAGAUCGCUUGAACUUCUACACAAAACCCAAGUUGAUGGCAUUCCUCUUGCAUUAUGCCAGUUCCAGGGAAGAUUGCUUGCUGGAAUAGGGUCUGUGCUUAGGCUUUAUGAUUUGGGGAAAAGAAGGCUGCUUAGAAAGUGUGAGAAUAAGCUGUUCCCCAAUACAAUCAAUUCUAUUCAUACAUAUCGUGAUCGAAUUUAUGUUGGAGAUAUUCAGGAGUCAUUUCACUAUUGCAAAUACCGACGAGACGAAAAUCAGCUAUAUGUAUUUGCUGAUGACUCUGUUCCAAGAUGGCUUACUGCAGCAUACCAUGUAGACUUCGACACCAUGGCAGGUGCAGACAAGUUUGGAAACAUUUAUUUUGUGCGCUUGCCACAAGACGUAUCAGAUGAAAUUGAAGAAGACCCAACUGGUGGGAAGAUUAAGUGGGAGCAAGGCAAGCUUAAUGGAGCUCCAAACAAGGUUGAAGAGAUUGUGCAAUUCCAUGUUGGUGAUGUGGUCACAUGCUUGCAGAAAGCAUCCCUAAUUCCAGGUGGCGUGGAGUGUGUGAUGUAUGGAACUGUGAUGGGUAGCUUAGGGGCAUUGCUUGCAUUCAACUCCCGUGAUGAUGUGGACUUCUUUUCCCACUUGGAGAUGCAUAUGAGGCAGGAACAUCCACCUUUGUGUGGAAGAGAUCACAUGGCCUAUCGAUCUGCCUAUUUUCCUGUUAAGGAUGUGAUUGACGGAGACCUGUGUGAACAGUACCCCACGUUGCCACUAGACAUACAGCGGAAAAUCGCAGAUGAAUUGGAUAGAACUCCUGGGGAAAUUCUGAAGAAACUGGAAGAAGUUAGAAACAAGAUUGUUUAAGAUUGUGCUAUGCGGUUAGCCUCUUGUUCUACGGAGAUGGGUGCAAGCCAAACGAUUAGCAACCAUACAACUACCAUAAACUUGAACCACUGAGAUCAUACAGGUUAAAAUUGUACUCGGCAUUCAACUUACUUAGCAGCCUCCUAUCGUUUAUUAGAUGCUUUGUUGUAAUUAUUGCAGAUAUUGUUUUUUUUAAUGGAAUUUACUCGAGAGCUUUAUGUAGAGCUGACUUUUUCUAGU